AGGCCGAACCUCAGAACUGGCACAAGCGUGGCACUGGCUCUCAGAUGACGAAAGACAAUUCAGGUGGAGUGCUGUUAGUCGCCGCUUCAGUCAGUGAGACUUUCGGCUGUUAUCUGCUCGCGGUGAUCGGGUGAAGAAGCCAAUCUGACAUCCUUCUUUUAUAACAUUAAAAGACAUAUUCUUUGCUGACACUGAUUCGCUACCAGUUAUUCGUCAUUCUGGGCCAUCAACUUUGAGUACCUGAUAGAAGAAGAACUGUUGUUUUUAGUGAAGUUUGACGUUAAAAGAUUUCGUUUAAGUCAAGCAUUAUGACAGGAGACCUGAAGAAGGGCGAAGCCAAGGAGAGGGAGCAGUGGAGUUCGAAGUUCGACUUCUUGCUUUCGGUCAUCGGCUUUUGUGUUGGUCUAGGCAACGUUUGGCGGUUUCCCUACCUGUGCUACAAGAAUGGAGGCGGUGCUUUCCUCAUACCCUACAUUGUCUGCGCCAUCGUCGGUGGAGCACCCAUGUUUUUCCUCGAGGUGGGGAUUGGGCAAUUUAUGAGUGAAGGAGGCAUCUCCGUCUGGAAAAUGUCCCCCUUAUUUCAAGGUAUCGGAUAUGCUGCCAUCGUGGUGUGUAACUGGUUAAACAUAUAUUACAUAGUCAUCAUAGCUUGGGCUUUAUACUACUUCAUCUACUCAUUCCAAGCAGAGCUGCCAUGGUCAUCAUGCAACAAUGAGUGGAAUACCGACGCCUGUGUUUCCUUUUCUGGGACAGCAAACCAUACUAUCAUAGCAGAUAUUAAAGCCUUGAACUUGACGCCAAAAGACUCUGUUGUUGAAUUCUGGGACCGGAAAGUGCUCCAGAUCACGGAAGGAGUGCACGACAUGGGAGACAUGGUGUGGCCACUCUUCGGAACCCUCUUCUUCUCAUGGCUGUGCACGUAUUUCGCCAUCUGGAAGGGCGUCAAGGUGACUGGCAAGAUCAUGUACUUCACAGCUACUUUCCCGUAUGUGAUGCUAACGGCGCUCCUGGUACGAGGGGUGACACUUCCUGGGGCGUCUGAGGGUAUCCGCUUCUACUUGGAGCCUAAGUGGGAGAAAGUCCUCGAUCAUAAGGUGUGGAACGAUGCUGGUACCCAGAUCUUCUAUUCUUAUGCUGUCGCCCUGGGUGGAAUGAUUGCCCUUGGUUCAUAUAACAAGUUCGACAACAACUUCAUCAAGCAAUGCAGUUUUCUUUGCGUCUGCAACUCCAUGACAUCUAUAUUUGCUGGUUUUGGCAUCUUUAGUAUCCUUGGCUUCAUGAGCUACCAGCUAGAGCUGCCCAUGGAAGAAGUUGCUGAGGCUGGUCCUGGUUUGGCCUUUAUUGCCUAUCCAAAAGCUAUGGCAGCCAUGCCAUUAGCUCCACUGUGGUCAGCACUAUUCUUCUGCAUGAUUCUCAUGGUCGGAAUGGAUUCACAGUUUGUUCAAGUGGAAUCAGUAGUAACAGCAAUCGUUGACCUGUUCCCUGAUGUUCUUCGUGUUGGUCGACGACGUGAAGUUCUAGUUGCCGUUGUAUGUCUCUUCGACUUCGCAAUAGGCUGUACAAUGGUUAUGCAGGGAGGAAUGUAUGUGUUCCAAAUCUUUGACACCUUCUCAGCAAGUGGCAUCAUUUUAUUGACUAUUUGUUUCUGCGAGAGCAUGGUCAUCGGAUGGGUGUAUGGUGCAAAGAGGUUCUAUGAUAAUAUUACUAUGAUGCUCGGAUACACGAUCAGUCCUUACUUCCAGAUCUGCUGGAGAUUCUUGACUCCCAUCAUGACUGUUAGUAUGGUAGUGGUCGCCUUAAUCUUCAAUGAACCACUGACAUACAACAAGACUUACCUAUACCCAGGCUGGGCUCAAGGACUUGGUUGGCUCCUUGUGGUAGCAUCUCUGAUUUGGAUUCCCACUUACAUGGUCUACAAGUUCUUCCAGUAUCCUGGAACAUGGAGGGAGAAAUGGAUUGCUUCAACUCGGCCUAUCCUGAAAGCUCAUCAUCUCCGACCACAAGACUGGAACGAGAAUCCUAGCCUUGAAUACAAGAAAACAAUGACGAUGGAUCCCCUGACGGAAAGUGCUUAAGAACCUCCCGUUUUCUUUCUAAAGGUAUUACGUGAAGAAGCAAUCCAAAUAUGUUUCCAAGGAAAACCUUUUACAUCAUGACGGUCAGAGCAAGAGCACGAGACAUAAUCAGAGCAUGAUUCUCAGAAUACAGCAGUCUUUUACUGCUGGGAACUGACAUGCUAACAUGAAAUGGGGGGCUAUACCUAGCGAAUGCACAACAAAUAUUUCUGAGUGUUAAGUUCGUCGUUGGUGUGAUGCUCAUUUUUGCAUUGUUCCUAGCUUAUUUGCUCAUAACUGUGCUGUAGGCUGUCGUCGUGAUGGCGGAUAGGAUCAUUUUACUACAUAAGAAUAACAAAAGUACAUUAAAGACUGUCAACUCUGUGUACUUCUAUAGGAAUACGGAAAAAUAACACUAGUAUUUUACAACAAGGGAGAAAGAACUCAGUGCUAUUUAUACAUCGCUUAUAGCACAAUCUUUCAGGAACUUUUGUUUUGGAUGCACAAUUACAGCAUACGCGGGGAAAGUAAAUCUAAUGUUAACAUAAUUAUGAGAUUUGCACCUACUAAAUUCGUUCGAUCCUCCAUGUAAAGAAAAAUUAGACACAUUCCGUAUAGGGAAAUACUUUUAACAUAAUUUCUCAGAACCUUUGAUGUUCAGCGGAUGAGAACGACAUUCAGCUAUUCUGAUACAAUAACGAAUACAUUGUGAACCAUUUUUGAGUGGUUUCACAUUACAUUGCUAUAAUCAGAAAAACUUUGAAUAUUUUUUCUUCCAAUUUACAUUAGAUAAUGUCACGCCUGCUGUUUGUUUUGCAAGUGUAGGCAGAGAAAGCUUUUGAUAUUCUGAAGGGGAGUGAUUUCUAUAACAGGUGGCAAGAUUUUGCCUCGUUAUUCUCUUUGCAAGACAGUGGACGUAGUAUACCCAAAUGAGAGCACGGUGUCAAAGAAGUUAUAAUCAACUGUUCAUUAUUCCGAUUAGAACCAUAUUAGAUUGUUCAUUGUAUCAAACACAGCGCAAAGGGGUAAUUACCCUUUUUUAUUGUCGAAAAAUUAUGACAUUCUGAAGUUCAAUUCGCUCAAAACUUCAUAGUCUAAAUCUUUAUCAAAAUGGUUUAGCGUGUGUGACAUGCUGAUGCUUCACACAGAAUCCGUACUACAGAAGCAUAGAGUAUUGCUAUGUUUCCUAAUCACUGGUAAGACGCCCCGAAGCUGUGCGUGAAACUUACUUGAGUAAUAUCAUAGGAAGAUCCAAUAGUUAAGUCGAGUUGAAAACUCCACAGAUAAUUUGUAGAAGAGUAUUUUAGUUAUAAGCUCAUAUAGUUGUAAUGGUUGUUGUUCCUACAACCAUUAUAAAUUUUUAACUGAUCUGUAUAACCAUUUUCAUUCUGCAUCAUUAUAAUCAUCAGUUCACCAUUUCAUUGUUUUGUCUGCAUUUCAUGGCUAAAAUUGUGUAUCUUUCAUUAUCAUAUUUGUAUAUUCAGAAGUGCAUAUUUUCUAAGUAUGUGUAGUUUUAAGGAUAUUUUAGUGAGCAUCUGUGAUGUUUCGAGAAUGUUUACCAGUUUUACAAUGAGGAACACAACUUUCGAGUUUUGUCUUGUACUGCACUUAAUUCAGUAGUUUAUGACUAUCAAUUCUCAAUUCUCAUGGUCAACAGAGGAUUUAAUAAAAGAAAAAAAAAUUGCUGAUGAAAAGACAAGUGGUGUAAAUAGCAUCAAUUUUCCUUUAGAAAUCCUUGCCCGAAUUCAGAACAGCCUUUACUCCCUUUAGGAUUUGGGAAAAAAGCAACGUUCCAUGGUGGGGCUCCACGAUGUUUCUAUACUUCCCGGCAAAUGCUGAUCCAGUACCUGAAUCCUUUUUUUUUUUUUUUUUUUGCGUGCUAGAAUAACAACAUAUCAACUAAAUUUUCUUUUCGUUAAGAGCAACCUCCAAAUUCAUCUGACAUAUGAGCGAUAUUGGGAUUUUUACAUUCUCAUUCGCUCGGCUAAUUUGAAAUACGAUCGAAAGAAAAGGAACUUGAUAGAGGUGAUCGUUAAGCGACUGUAUGGAAGAGGGAAUAAGGUGCAUCUAUUUAUAAUGUCACCUGUUGAGAUUCAGUAUAACUAGAUUUUUCCGGCUGUUUCUGUUAAAUGAAGAAAACUUCGACUUAUUGAAUGUAUGAAGACAAUAUAGAAAACUUUAUCAGUGAACUUUGCUUUUUUCCUUUUAACGAUAUUCUUAUGAAUAGGCCAUUGAAAAAGCAUUUGAUUAGUUCAUUUAAUAUCAGAAAAGCUAUUACUAUACGAUUUCCAUAAAUCUGUUAAUCAUACUGACUUAUUAUGGAGGAAAAACUUUCUUGUUGCCGUUAAAGAAUACACAUAUUCACUAUUUAUUUUUCGUCUCAGGUGAGGAGUUAGUCAGAGUAACAGUUGUAUCAUUCCAUUAUUAGUCACUCUCUCCCAUGAAAUAAGUAGCCUGUUUGCCUUCAUACGAUACAUUUUUCCUCUUUUUUUGUAAGUUUCAUUCAUCUCCACAAUGCAUUCUCAUUGAGCUUCUCAUUCUCUUGUAUUAUAGAUCAUGCACAAGUUCGCCACUGAAAUAAUCCAUUUUAUAUUGUCUUCCAUUUCUGUAUAGCAGGCAAAUGGAGUUUUAUUUUAUUUGAGUUCUAUUUCCUGUACUGGGGAUAGUAUUUUUUUUCAUAACUGGACAAAGCUACUACCUUGAAUGGCUUCUGGUAUGAAAUUGAAAUUGUUUGCGGUAUAUGAUCACAGCCUCGGGUUUACAUAUCGUUUCAAUUUACAUUUGGUGAAGUAUGAGAGAGGAUACUGCUUAGUCUAGGUAUUAUUUGAGUUCUGUGAACUUUAGUUGUAUCAAGAGCUCUGAGUUUAUUACUUCAAAAUUAAGGGGAUGAAACUCUACAAUGAUCUUCGGAAUGGAAAGCUCAGACUCUUUCAAAGACUGGGGCAAUAUUCUACUAGGUUUCUUUUCAUUUUACUAGUCAAAUUCCAUUAACAAAAUAAUUUAUUGUAAACUUGUAAAAGAGUCUUAAUUCACACAUAAUAGUUACAAAUAUAUAGAUAGUUUCGUUGUUUUAUGAGGCUAUAUUGCGCUACCGGAAAUAUAUAUAUAAAAAUAAAACUUAACAUCACACUUAAAUCAUUUAACCUUACAACAGUUAAAAAUCUGAUAGACAAUAUUGCUCCAACCUUUUUUUUAUAGUGUCUGCAUUAUGCUUACAGCUAAGUUGAAUUUUUGUAAACUGAACCUGCCAAACAUCGACUAUGAAAUGUUUUUAAAGAGUAUUGCUAUGUUUUAAGUAACAUCACGGGAUCGCAAUUUUUUCUUAGGAUGCAUUACGAUAUCAUUCAUGUGACGUUAAUGAGGAACAUCACAAAAUCAUGCUGCUGAUCCUAUUUUGGAAAAUGAUGAGUUAGUAAUUAAUUUUGGCAAAUGGUCACUGUCAUCAUUAUCAUUGCAUAUCAUUGCUUGAGCGUGUUUCACAGCAGAAACUUAGUGAGUGCCUUGAGAAGGGCUAGUAUCAUCAUCAUUCAGAUGUUACGUGCUGGCAAUUCUGAAGCACCGUGGAACUGGAACUGAGGAUUCGUUCAGGCCGAAUAGAUAUCAAGUUUUUAAAUGUUACAUUAAUUGUUGUUGUAUUUGUUAAUGAUAUUCAACAUCUGACUUCAAAGCAUACGUUGUAUUUGUUAAUGAUAUUCAACAUCUGACUUCAGAGCAUACAGCAAAGUCAUUUUAAGCAAUAAUACUGUUAUAAUAUAAUCUAAAAGAAAUGUGCGAUGUUAUGAAUCCCAGAGUUUUGGCAGAAACUGUUGUCAUGAAAUUUGGAGCAUUUCAUUAUACUUUGUAGUUCAAAUCUCAUUUUACAUAAUAAUGUAAGAGAAAAAUGACCUAUUUAGAGACGGCCAGAGGUGAUUGGUCUACAGUAACCCAAUCAGGCUCUUUCCUUAUUUGUGAAAAUAUUAAAUAGUGUUUUUGGAGAGCUGUAAAACUAUAUUUUCGUACUGUAAAAUAUGAAUAUGGUCUGUGCUGUUAAAUAAACUAUAAAUAUA